UGCUGGUGUUUGUGCAACGGCCCCUGAGUGGCGGCUAGCUCUCUCAGAUCGCUCUCGCUUGACUACCAUUGCUGCACACAUUGUUGGAGUGAAAGGAAAGUGGACAGCUUGAUCCUGUCUGUGGGAUGCACCGGCAGAGGUGGUGGGAGAGAGAUUUGGUUUCAGCGUGAGGUCCAUCAGAGCAGAACGGCUGGCCAGGAGGCACAGAUCAAAUAUUGGUGGUUUUGAGCACAACUGAAAAAAAAGGGCAUCCAAACCAGCUGGACCACAAAAAGGAAGAAGAAGAAGAGAGGAGGAGGAAAGAGAAAGAAGCAGAGAGUUGGCUGGCAGGUGAGAGUUGAGCUGCGGUGAAUACUUCGGGCUGCGUGCCAAAGCGUGAGAGGGAAGAGGAAACGAAGGAGGAAGAGGAGGAGAAGGUCUGAGGAGGAGAAGGAGGUGAGGAGGAGGAGGAGGUGAGGAGUAGUGGACCUGGGCCUGGAGCCCAAACAGAAGAAGAAGCAUGGCAGAGAAGAAGGUUAGCCUCCCUGCUAAGCUGAUUAAUGGGGGCGUGGCGGGCCUGGUUGGUGUGACAUGUGUAUUUCCUAUUGACCUGGCCAAGACACGCCUUCAGAACCAGCAGGGUGUCCAAGUCUACAAAGGAAUGCUGGACUGCCUGGCAAAGACGGUUCGCUCAGAGGGCUAUUUUGGAUGCUACAGAGGCGCUGCAGUGAACCUCACUCUUGUCACGCCAGAAAAAGCCAUCAAGCUGGCGGCUAAUGACGUCUUCAGGCAGAAGCUCUCUAAGGAUGGCCAUUUGCCCCUGUGGGGGGAGGUACUGGCGGGUUGCGGGGCGGGGACCUGUCAGGUGGUAGUUACCACUCCCAUGGAGAUGCUGAAGAUCCAGCUGCAGGACGCUGGACGGCUCGCCGCCCAGAGGCCGGUUCAAACUCCCGCUCAGGCUGCCGCUCCUGGUCCAGUUCCAUCGUUGGUGGCCCCCCCACCAGCACGACGGAACCCUCCACCUCGAUCCUCAGCCACGAGCAUCACUGUGGAGCUGCUGAAGACUCGAGGACUGGCGGGCCUGUACCGGGGGGCCGGAGCCACCUUAAUGAGGGAUGUCCCCUUCUCAAUGAUAUACUUCCCGCUGUUUGCCAACCUAAACUCUCUGGGCCGGGAAAGUGUGCCAGGUCGGGGGGAUGUGCAUGCCCGGGCGCCGUUCUGGCAGUCCUUUUUGGCGGGCUGCAGCGCGGGCUCUGUGGCAGCUGUGGCUGUGACACCACUGGAUGUCAUAAAGACUCGUCUGCAGACGUUGCAAAAGGGCGAGGGGGAGGACACCUACAGAGGAAUUGUUGACUGCACACGGCGCAUCAUGACGCGGGAGGGCCCAUCAGCAUUCCUCAAGGGUGCAACGUGUCGAGCUCUGGUCAUCGCUCCCCUCUUUGGCAUUGCACAGGGUGUCUACUUUCUCGGGGUGGGGGAGGCGGCGCUAGGGUUGCUGGGAUAGCGGAGCUUUGGCAUUGGUGGCGGUGGCUCUGUUGUCUCUGUACAGAUAAUUUGCUGCUUUAAUCUGCAGCAUCUAGGUGAACGGUGACUACUGAGAGGGUGAGAAACUCGGCCACGACCUGCUAACCAAAGGAGGAAGGAUGAUGGGAGGUUUGAAGAGAGGCUCUUUUUACUAAUUUGUGGAUCUGUGGGUUCACUCUAAUCAACUUUCUGUAGGUUUUGACAUGCUGUCUGCAGGGUUCCAUAGGUCAAACAGGGUCCUGUUCACGAGUGUGACUAAUCUUUGGGUGUGUGUCCCAAGCUGUCUUGUCCCAGCAUGUUACUGUAACAUAUAUCUUGGCUCUGAGGGAUUAUUCUGAGAGGGCUGCUGCAUGAUUUAAAUGCCUUCCAAUCGGAUCGUUUUUUUAUACAGUAAUGACGAAGACCUCUGCAUCCUCCUGUACUGUAAGUGACAAUUACCCAUUCAAUCAAACUGCACAACCCAUGAUGUCAGAGUCCAAACGUGGUAUUUGACUCGACUUCAAAUGUCAAUCAUUUCAACUUUAAACGUGUUUCUUUGCGAGAGCAUCUCAAUCUCCUUCUGCCUAUCCUGUUAUGCAUUCCUCCCACUCCAUACGUGAGGUCUGAGGUGUAAUCUUGGAUGCCUUCACUGGAUUGGGAGGUGCUGCCUGCCAGAGUCUCUAAGGUCAUUCGAUAAUCUGACGGUAAUGCUUUAAUCCCCGUAUUAGCAGCACAAUAUACCCUAACACACAGCUCACUUCCUGCCUAGAGGCCACAGGUUACACUGCUGUGCCUCUGUCUCGAAGCCUUGCCUUCCUCUUCUCCACAGCUCAGAGAACUAAACCAGGAGAAGCUCAUUUACUGCUUUAGUUACAUUUAAAAGAAAGAAAAAACGUUUGUUGCUUCAAAUGAUGUGCGCACAACAACUUAAAAAAAAAAAAAAAAAACGCAAUUCAAGCCUUAUUAUUGCUGAUAGUUUUUAAAGGAGAUUUCCUGGAAUCGUUGGGGUUAAGUCAAAGAUCUGGUUCUUGAGUCCGAUUCAGCGAGGACAAUUUGAUGUGUAAGACCCAUGGAGGGAGUAUGGCAGCUCGCCAGCUGUUUGCCAUUUCUUAAGUCCACUGGGUGGCACUAAAAGUUUUUUUUUUUUACAUUUCUAAUGCAAGACAAAUUUUGACUAGUGGCUAGUUUAUCUAGGCUACUACAUCUUCCUCAUCGUAGACAGAACAGAGAGUCAAUGUUUGUUUACAAGCUGUAAAUAAAGAUAUCUCAUACAUG